AUGGCAGCGAAUUCAGCUGUGGGCGACCCGCUCAAGGUGCACCACGACGCCGCCAGCAACCACGCUUGCACCCAUCUCUUCCUCAACAGUUCCGCCAACCAGCCUGCCACCAACCAGCCUGCCACCAACCAGCCUGCCACCAACCAGCCUUCCACCAACCAGCCUCCCACCGACCAGCCUUCCACCAACUACCGUACAGCAGACAACCACAGUCUCUCCAACAAGCACAGUACCUGCCACUACAGCAGCUACAACGACCACCCUUCCUAG